UCCUGUGGUUCGAAAGUAUAAAUCUAGACGUCUCGCUCACAGUAUGAUAUUACAAACAUAGUCAAUGCUUCUAGUAACUUGCUUUCCUAGCAAGUGAGUAACUGUAUACCAUUCAAUCGUUAGUAAUUGACUGCAUUUAUUUAGCCUUAUUGUAGAACGUUCGUUUUAAGGUACCGUGUGCUAUACAGUAGGUUAUCCACAGUCUGAAUCGUAGCAAGGAUCGUCACAAUACUCCGUCACCCAAGUGAAAGCGUGGUAUAUAUUGAUGCAUGACAAACACGCAACGCUGCAGAAUCGAAACAGCAGCAGCAACAAUAGUAGGAACAGUAGCAACUUCAGACUGUCUUAUAAGCUUGCGUCAGGCGAAUGAAUUAGUGCACUGGUGUGUUCGACAGUACAGUGCUUCUGAUAGCAUAUUGAGAAAUUAAACGAAGUACUUGCUACCUCGAGAAGACAAAGGUAUAACUAUAACAACCGUGUCGAACUGAAGAGGAACAUACUUGAGCUUGGUACUGGACUAGGAGGACAUCGAUCAUCAUGGCUGGAAAGACCCUGGGAUUCAUUGACGAGGAGUUAUCAGAGGAGACGACGCCACUGGCGCCCGAGAAGCCGCGGUCAGGGAAGCGGAAAUCGAGUCGGUUGAAGCUUCGAGAGAAGAUAUGCUAUGGUCUAGGUGGCAUGCCCUAUCAACUUACAAACACAGUCAUCGGGUUCUAUAUCUCAGUAUUCCUGCUAGACACUGCUCAGAUCAAGCCAUCAUCUGCUAGUGCUGUGAUAUUCGCCGGUCGUUUCUGGGACGCCAUCACCGACCCACUCGUUGGGUAUCUUGUCAUGAAAACAGAUACAAGAUUCGGCAAGUUAAAACCAUGGAUGUUUGUCGGGGCACCUGCCGCUUCGGUUCUAUAUUUCUUCAUCUGGUAUGUACCUGACUUUGACCAGGAGUCUUAUCUUAUGGCUUGGUAUCUUCUCUUCUACUGCGGAUUCCAGACCAUGUUGUCGCUCUACUACAUGCCUUACUCAACUCUAACAUUUUAUCUCACCGAAAGUCAAUCAGAAAGAGACUCUGCCACGCUGUAUCGAAUGGUAUGUGAAGUUGCGUCGAAUUUAUUGGGCAAUCUUGUCAUGGGGCAAACUGUCUUAGCCUACACAAAGGGCUACGAACGACCGAGCUGUGAUGACAACUCGACCUUGGGAAACACGACCUCUGAAUAUCGUGAGCAAGAGGAGAGGGGUUACAGUGUUGGUGCAUUAUGCCUUUGUGCAGUCCUGUUGGUGAGUGCCUCUUGCACUUUAAUUGGAACUACAGAAAAGAAAAUUAAGAAGAAAGAUAACGAAGAGGAGCAGAACUUCUUUAAGGGAUUGCGAAUGGUUUUGACUUUCAAACCCUACCUCACACUGAUGUUUUCAUUCUUGUGUCUUCUCCUAUCGGUCAUGACAAUCCAGGGAAAUUACGCACUGUUCAUCAAAUAUGCGAUGAAAGAAGAAACCUAUCAAAACUUUAUCAUCGUCAUCAUCUUCUUCGGAUUCGCCCUUAUGCCUCUGUGGCAGUUAUUCUUAAAGAAAUUCGGAAAGAAAGCCGCCCUCUUCGUUGGAACAUUGGCAAACAUCCCGAUGUUCUUUGGACAUGCUUUCCUACCACCCGGCAAUACAUGGGCUCUGUAUUUAUUCUGUGUGUUAGCUGGGAAUGCCGUAGCAGUCGUCAUGCUUGUACCAUGGUCGAUGGUUCCCGAUGUCAUUGACGACUUCGUCAUCAAGACAGGGAGCACGUACGAAGCAGUUUUUUAUUCGUUUUUCGUCAUGUUUACCAAGAUGGGAGCCGGCUGCGCACUCGCUGUCUCUACCUUAGCCCUGGGGGCAUCUGGCUACGAAUCAGGGGCGUGUGCUCAACCCGAAUCUGUCCAGUUAACUCUCCGUAUCCUCGUCUCAGCCGUGCCUAUGGGCUGCACCGUCCUGGGUUUCAUCGCCCUAGCAUUCUACCCAAUCACAGAAGAACAGAGGAAAAAGAAUAAGACAAUCCUAGAAAUCUGGAGGGAUGACAAGGACGAGAGACGACGAACCACAGUACUACGAUCGAAGGAAGCUCGAGAUCGUACUCGCUCUGUCCGAACAUACUCGACUACGGUCGUCAUGUAACGUCACGACGUCACAAUGUCGUGUUCAAUGACCACCGUGGCAUUCUGAAAACAAUUAUUGAUUCUAUUCCUAUAUUAUAGUAGUCAUUAUGUCUGUUAAAUAAUAUUAUACAAUGCGCAGAAAGAAAGGUAUUCGCGUAUCCAGUAUGUAGGCCUGGGGAAAUAAUUGUAUACCCUGCCCCAUUUUUUGCGUCCAUACUGACAACAAUAUACAAAUGAAAUAAAAUAAUUAUAAGCAGCAGUGGGUGCUAGGUUUUCAAAUUUCUCGAGAGGCAUAGCAAUUUGAAAGUAGUCCGGUCGAAAUGAAAGGCAAACUGUAUUUUGGUAUCGUCAUUGCAAUAUUAUCAAACACAACUUGUAUUGUAUUACAAUGACAAUUUAACAUUUAAACAUAUGGUUUUAUAGAAAAAAGGUAAUAAAUAAAAUUUCAGAAGAAUAAUGUUUACUGAACCCCUCUUUUUCUUUAAUCUGAAUUGCAGUUUGCCAUAUGAUUAUCAAACUGCCAUUUUUCAAGAUUUUUCUUUUCUCGCAAUUCAUAACUGAUGCAUGCUGGUAUCAAAUUUAUCGCUUCUGUGAGUUGAAGUUAUUUAUACAAUGUAUUAAUUAUUAUCAUACAUGAAUUAAUGAAACGUUGAUAAGUAUUUGGUUUUUAAAUUUCGAAAUGUCAUUCAAAACCGUCAACGUCUAUUAUAUUUAUAACAAAUUUCAUUGUGUAAAUAUUUUAUAGAAGAAAAUGUAAAUACUUUAUAAAGAUUGUAGAGAUUUCUGAAAUCGAAGUUUAUGAUAUUAAAAGCAUGCGACGAGAUGAAAUAAGCAUACACAAAUAUGGUAAAGGACAAAUAAUUUAUAUUAUAAAUGUAUUAAUCUUCUUUUUCUAGAAAAUGCUCUUAUCCAAAGAAAUAAUAUACAUGUACUACAAUUUACUAAAGGAUAAAAUAUAUGUUAACGAAACUUGUUAACGAAACUCGUCUUACUUUUUUAAUAAAUGUUCUUUUGCCGACUAAAAAGCUUCAAUAGUUUUGCCCGGCAUAGCAACAACGAAUUUAUGCAAAUGGUUCUUCCAAAGUGAUGUCAUUGUGAGUAACGGGUGAAUCAAAUAGUUGGUGGUAACCAAGGGUGCUUGGGAGUGACAUGCAUGUAUUGAAAACCAUGAGUAAACAGGUAUAUUGAUCUGAUCUGCAUUAACUUUAUAUCAGAAUCAUUCUAUGCAAAGAAUAUUUAAUAAAUAGGCGAAUGUAUAAAUGA